AUGUCUGUCGAACAUAACACGAAAAAAAUCAUCUUGGUAAUCGGUGCCACUGGUGCUCAGGGUGUCGCUGUCAUAGACGCACUCCUCGCUCUCAGCAAAGACGGCUCAGAAUCCCCCUAUGCUAUACGGGCUCUAACGCGUGAUCCUGAACAUGCUCGUGCAAAGGAGUUGGAAUCAAAAGGUGUCGAGAUUGCCAAAGGGCGAUUCGAUGAUUUCAAAGCCGUCGCGGCUGCCCUAAAGGGGGUGUAUGGUGCGUUCGUGAACACGGACGGUUUCACCGUCUCCGAGGAGAAAGAAGUCUGGUCUGGUAUCCGUAUUUUCGAGUUGGCGAAGCAGGCUGGUGUUAAACAUUACGUUUGGAGUAAUCUGGAGUACGUGUCAAAGACCACCAACUAUAAUCCAACAUACAGAUGUGUUCACCACGACGGAAAGGGUCGCGUAGGCGAUUUCAUGCAGGCCCAGCCAUCCAUUGUAAGCGACACUGGGAUGACGUGGUCCUUGGUGACGUCUAGUCCGUACAUGGACAUGCUCAACGCCAUGAUGUAUGGGCCGAUCAAACGUCGUGACGACGGGACCAUCGUGUUUGCAACUCCCAUAGCAAAGGGACAUGUCCCCAUGAUUGCACUCUCUGACUUCGGCUUCUUCGCGAGGUACACAUUUGAUAAUCGCGAGCUCACCUCGCGCAUGAAUCUGGACAUCGCUAGCGACUGGGUAGGGUGGGAUUAUUUGGUGGAGACAUUCACGAAGGUGACCGGGCAGAAAGCCGAGGUCGUCUACCAGUCCUUGGAUGAAUGGUUCAGCAACUUCGACGGAGUCGACAGACCACUUUCUAAUGAAGGCCCCGGGGCUGAAUUAGUAACGUGGAGAAGUAACUUCAGUGCCUGGUGGUCUAUGUGGAGAGACGAUGUAAUCAAGAAGGACUGGGAAUGGAUCCGCAAGGUAAAUCCGAAGGGACAUACGCUAGAGUCGUGGAUGAGAGAAAACCACUAUGGUGAGCAACUGUGGAAAGGUUCGAUUUUGUUGAAGAACGUGGAAGAUGGCUCGCGUAUCGUUCCGAAUCUGGAGCGCAUCAAUGCGUUAUAG